AUGGCCGCUUGGAACCAAGGGCUGUGCGGGCUGAUUCUGCUGCUUCUACCCGGAGUUUGGAGCUCGUUUCCACGCAGCGGGCAGGACUGUGGCCCCGGGAAAGAGUGCGGAGAUGUGUCGCAGAAGAAGAGUGACCUCAGAGUGUGUGACGCUGGAACCUGUCGUUUUGGAGGAACGUGUCGAGAAAAUGGAGCUGACAUCAAGUGUGUGUGUCAGUUUAAUUGCCAUAAGAAGUACGUCCCGGUCUGCGGCUCAAACGGCGACACAUACCAGAACGAGUGUUUCUUGCGGCGAGCGGCGUGCAAGAAGCAGCGGAGCAUCAGCCCUGUGUCCCAGGGAGCGUGUGAUGCUGGCUCUGGUUCAGCAGACGGAGACGACGAAGGCUCUGGUCGCGGGAAGAAAGUUUCCAAAUGUAAAAACUGCAAAUAUGGAGCGGAGUGCGACGAGGAUGCAGAGGACAUGAUUUGUAUGUGUAACAUUGUGUGCAAUGGACACAAUGAAAACCCGGUGUGCGGCAGCGAUGGCGACACGUACCCGACACCGUGUCACGUCCGCGAAGCAUCGUGUCUGAAACAGAUGAAGAUCGACAUUCGACAUGUGGGACGCUGCUCCGAUAAAAACAGAAAAGAGGAAAACUCCAAAACCAAACCAGAUGUUUAUGCUGUGUCCAAACCUGGUGAAGGGGAGGGGCUUGAGGAUAGCCCCACCCCCUGUUCUGAAGACUACGCCCACUUCUGUGAACAUGGGGUCUGUGAGAUGAGACUGGGGCUUCCCACCUGCAGAUGUGACUCGGCGUACGGAGGCCCUCAGUGCGAUCAGCUUCUGGACUUCAACGUACUCUACGUCGUCCCCAGUGGACAGAAGCUGCACUACGUCCUCAUCGCCGCCAUCAUCGGAGCCGUGCAGAUCGCUGUGAUUGUUGCUGUGGUCAUGUGCUUCACCAGACGCUGUAAAUCGUCGAAGCGCAGCCGUCGUCAGAAACAGCACCUCGGACACUUCCCGUCUGGAACCUCCUCGCGGAUGAUGUAA